CUUAGGGAGCUCGGGAGGCAGGGCUGCUCCCAGUGGGCCGAGACGGACAGGAACGGGAGGGACACUUUCCUUUCCUUACACCCACAAGGGCUUCUUUACGCGUGGUUUCCCCCGUGACGACUGUGCGAUUGAGCUCCUCUCAGCCCAUCCCUUAUUCACAUUGUUGCGCAGAAGAAGCCUCCGAAGUGACAACAGGAAUAAGUGUGAGAUAAUGUAAUGAGAGUGAAGUAGAACCGCAGCUGCGGUCCUAGUGGCGGGUCCUUCGGGGGAGAAGCGCGCGCGGGACGAGCGGAGACGCGUUUGCGCAACUUCUCCCUCCUUUUUUAUUUGCGAUGGAAUAAGUGCGCAAAUCUGUCCCUCCCAGCCUUCACUUCUCAAGAGGGUCAGUUCCGCUGACAACACACAGGAUAAGAUAAAACCUGGAGGCGCUUCUGAGGAUAUCGAUAUGGCAAGAACUUUCUUGAUACCUUUAAUACAUUUUUUAGCUUCUGAGCUCCUCAUGGUCGUUUCUGCUCAGACCGGAGGAGAUGAAGGACAGAAGACAGUUUUCUCCUCCAGCCAAGGGUGGGCUGUCAACGUGUCCUUGCCCCGAAGCGCAAUCCCAGGACGACCCAGGCCAUUCCCCCCCAUGUGUUCUGGUCCUACUGAGAUCAGAGACACCUUUAAAUACAUAAACACUGUGGUCUCUUGCCUCGUCUUUGUGGUUGGCAUAAUCGGAAACUCCACGUUGCUGAAGAUCAUCUACAAUAACAAGUCGAUGAGGAAUGGACCCAACAUCCUCAUUACAAGUCUUGCUUUGGGGGACCUUGUGCAUGUUGUUAUAGACAUUCCCAUCAGUGUCUAUAAGCUCCUGGCUGAAGACUGGCCCUUUGGUGUGGGGGUCUGUAAACUUGUACCGUUUGUUCAAAAGGCUUCUGUUGGGAUCACAGUGUUGAGUUUAUGUGCACUGAGCAUUGACAGGUAUCGAGCGGUUGCAUCCUGGAAUCGCAUCAAAGGGAUUGGCGUUCCACGAUGGACAGCUAUAGGAAUUGUGUCGAUAUGGGUCAUUUCCAUUCUUCUGGCCAUCCCUGAAGCUUUUGCUUUUGACAUGAUUACAAUGGAUUACAAAGGAGAGCACCUGAGAAUAUGCCUUCUUCAUCCCGUGCAGAAGAGCCACAUCAUGCAGUUUUAUAAGUCUGCAAAAGACUGGUGGCUGUUCAGUUUCUACUUCUGUAUGCCCCUGACCUGCACAGCCAUAUUCUACACGCUCAUGACAUGCGAGAUGCUCAGGAAGAAGAAUGGGUUGCAGAUUGCUCUGUCUGACCACCUGAGACAAAGACGUGAAGUGGCCAAGACUGUUUUCUGUUUGGUGCUAGUGUUUGCCAUCUGUUGGCUACCUUUGCAUCUCAGCAGAAUCCUGAAGCUAACCAUUUACAAUGAAAAAGACCCAAAAAGGUGUGAUCUACUGAGCUUCUUCCUUAUCCUGGACUACAUUGGCAUCAACAUGGCAUCAGUAAAUUCCUGCAUCAACCCCAUCGCUCUAUACAUGGUCAGCAAAAGAUUCAAGAAUUGUUUCAGGGCUUGCCUCUGUUGUUGGUGCAUGUCUCCCGAGGUUGUGCUGCCGGAUGAGAAGCCAUCAGGCAUGAAGUCCAGGGUCAGUGAACACGGCUUGGAGCAGAGUAGCUCCCCGGUCACCAAUAAGUCUGUGUCAGCCUGAAGCAGGAGCUGGUCUUUUCUGCCCAGUUUCACAGCCAACACCCCACCCCACCCCGAGAGUGCCAAGGCUCUGGAGCCUCUAAGUCUCAAAGAAGUUUUUCUCUUUUUUCAAACAUGACACAUGAUAAGAGUCCAAGCACAAACCUUAGUGAGAAAAAUGCAAUAUAGAAGCUAUUUCCUGGCAAAUCAAAACAGAAGGCAGAAAAGGGCUUACAUAAAUAUGAAGAAUGAAAGCGGUGUAAAUGACAGGCAAACACCAUGUUUUGAAAUGAAAAGUGAGUGGAUGCUAUUAAGUCUGUCUGCUCCUUAAUAUUCCAUUUGUGUAUAUCCAUCCUGAUUUGAAAUGAUUUUUCAUAUCAAACCGUUUUAUCUUCUUUGAUGAAAAUUGAAUUGAGUCCUGGAGAUUAUCACAAGCUAUUAAAAUGUUUUUUGAACCCCCUGCUGUUCAUUAAAUUGUUGUCCCAAGGCAACUCUAUGCUGCUUCUUUGAAAUGGUACACAUUAAGAAAAUAUGUUCAAUGGGACCUCAAAAAAAAAAAAAAAAAAAAAGAAUGUGGUCUGGGUCCAUUUUUCUUAUAAAUGUACAUUAAAAAAAGUUCCCUUACUAUCAUAUCAUUAUUUUCCAAUGUUAGUUUAAAUAGUUGAUAAAAAAAGGAAAAAAAAAAAUCAAAGCCCAAUUCAUUCAUCAGUGACAAGCUCAUGUGGUCAGAAGU